GGACCCAAAUAUGUCACCAAAAAAAAAAAAAAAAAGGAAAAAGAGGAUCCAGAUCGAUAGUGUGUAGGUUAGUUGGAUGACAUCGCAUUUUCCUUAGCAUGGUAAUGUAUGGUUGGGUUAGCUUAGCCCCGAAGGACCCUUAAUUUCCAAACCUCGGCGUUGACCACUCUAAACGCCCUUAUUUUAGUUAACCCACACGUUCCUUCACCGCUUAAUCUCCACCGCCCAUCUUAUUCUGCCCUAUAAAACCACCCCCUUUUCCACCCUUUUCAUUCACAACUCAACGCCGAAAAAGAACCCAGUCUUUUGAUCUCUGCCCCAAAGCAAAAAGUUCUCAUCUUUUACAAUCACAGCUACUGCUUAUUUAUUUUCAUGGCUCAAGGAGAUUCUAACUUCCGGCAAGACAUGGCUAAAGAGGAAGAAGAACAGAGGCUGAAAUACUUGGAAUUCGUGCAAGUAGCCGCCGUUCACGCCGCUUUGUGCUUCACCAACCUUUACCUUUACGCUAAGGAAAGAUCGGGGCCGUUGAAACCUAGCGUCGAGACCGUUGAGGGAACGGUUAAGUGCGUGGUUGGACCGGUUUAUGAUAAAUACCAUGAUGUCCCUGUUGAAUUCCUUAAAUUCGUUGAUUCCAAGGUGGGUGAAUCAGUGACCAAGCUUGAUCGUCGAGUCCCUCCAGUCAUCAAACAGGUCUCAACCGAAGCCAUCUCUGCAGCCCAAAAGGCUCCCGAGGUUGCUCGUGGCGUGGCUUCCGAAGUCCACCGUGCUGGAGUGGUGAACACCGCCUCAGGAUUAGCAAAAUCAGUGUAUACCAAGUAUGAACCCACAGCAAAACAGCUUUAUGCGAAGUAUGAACCCAAAGCUGAACAAUGUGCGGUUUCAGCUUGGCGUAAACUCAACAAGCUCCCUCUCUUCCCUCAAGUUGCCUCGGUCGUUGUCCCAACAGCUGCUUAUUGCAGCGACAAGUAUAACGAGACAGUGGUUAGCAGUGCAGAGAAAGGGUACAAGGUUGCCUCCUAUUUGCCUUUGGUUCCUACUGAGAAGAUCGCUAAGGUGUUUGGUGAACAGACGACUGAAAUGGAGCCAUUGGUAUCUGAGAGUUGAUCUGCUUUGAAUCUUGUUUACGUUGGCUAUGACUUGUGAAUAUAAUCUGGACCUGUUUUAUGUUUUUACUUGUGACUGUCUCUUGUGAUGGAUGGAACAAUGGGUUUUAGUUUUCAUGUUUGUUUUUGUUGUAUUUUAGUUUUAUUGAAAUAAAUUUGUUUUUGAUGGGAUUGUUUAUAUUUUAUAUUCUGGGGUUUGAGUCUGCAAAUUUGUUCUUAAUUUGAUCAAUUUAGUUUGACUUGCUUGAA